UUGGGCUGCAGAAAAUGUUCCGAUCGCUGAGAGCUGAACACGUGCGCAUAGCCAUCGCGGGCUGUUCCAUAAUUAUUUCCCUCAUGAUUUUAGGGUUCACCUUUGUGGAGACCCAUAAGUGCUGGGAAAUAAGUGCUUGGAAACACGUUGGUGUGCUGCAGAUCAUCGGGGGAAUAUUCCUAUUCGUGGGCUCCUUAAAGAAUAAUCACUGGCUUUUUUUGCCCUGGCUGGUGGCUGCCUGCAUAUUUACUUACACCCUCUUGUACAAGUCUGUUCUCUAUUUGAACUAUUUGGAGGGCCGAAUGUUGAUGACGGUUCCCCUACUUCAAUUAAUAGCAGUAUUCUGGUCCUAUUUCGUGUACGAUGUCUUCCAGGACUUUCUCCAAAUGCAGAGUGAAUCGAUCAAGAAAAUCUCCAUAAUUGAGUCGGUGCGAACGGAGUAUUAGUGAGCGUUUUUUUUAUACCCAGUGAAACGCAAUUGAGCUGAGUGUAAAGGCAAAUAAGUGUGAACAUUGCGGUCGGUGUGUGUUUGCUUGGGGGUGUGCUUUUGUAGCCAAAAGUAAAAUAAGCGUUAAAAUGUCUGCUAACCCAGUGGAAGUCUGGCUCUGGGUCUCUUCUGGGGCUCUUGCGGUAUCGUUGCAUGCGUAUUGCAUUACCCAACCACCCAGCCACCCAUCCACCCACUCGCACCCCUUUUUACCACCCCCCAUUGGCACAAAGUGGCGUAUGAAUAGAUACAUGUUUUGUUGCCUGUUUUGUUUGCCACCCCCCUCCCCAAAUCCCCGCCCCUGUCUGUCUGUGGACUGGUUGUCGUAAUCCAACAAGCAGACAGGUUAAAUACACCGCAAGGACAGACUCACA